AUGAACUACAUCGUCAUAUGUCGUGGAGAUCUGGAUUGGAAUCUAAGAGCUAAAAAAAUCGACAGUAUGAGGAAGAUCAUUGAUCAAUACCCACAGUUCCAAACUAGUUUGUUCGACUAUGAUAGCACAAUUUACGAUCUCAUUAUCGCUGUUAAGGAUGAACUCAUCAAGGCCGUUUUAAUCACUUUUGCUUGUAUGACGCUUGCAUGUGCUUUCAUGAUACCUAGUUUGACGGGUGCUUCCAUAGCCACGGUAUCAAUGUUGUCCAUAUCGUUUACUUUGCUGGGAAUCCUAGCUUUAUGGGGUCAGAGUCUUGAUCCAGUUACCAUGAUCAACGUUUUAAUGGCCAUUGGACUAAGUGUUGAUUUCAGGUAAGU